AUGGAGGAGAUUUCGUUGGCCAACCUGGAUACUAACAAGCUAGAGGCCAUCGCUCAAGAGAUAUACAUAGACCUGAUAGAGUAUUCUUGUUUGGGAUUCUGCUUUGAGGUACACCGGGUAGUCAAAUGUGGCCACUUCUACCUGGAGUUCGCAGAGGCUGGUAAUGUGAAGGAUUUGGGCAUUCAGCCAGUGGAAGACAAAGGGGGAUACCGCCGCUUCCCUUUCUGCUCACUUCCUGGAGAAGCGAGGAAUGAAUGGGCCUGA